UCCUGCCUUUCCACUGAUUUCCUUUUUAUCGUUGUUGCUAGUUACUUUAUUGAUAUUAUUGCUGCAAUAAUGGUGGUGACUGUGACUAUGAUGAUGUGUUGCUCAUGGUGGUGAUUUAAAAAAAAUGACUGCUGAUUUUUAACCAGAUGAAAAUGGAGUUUUUCUGAAUGAUCCUAACUGACUCUGGGCUUUUAUAACCCCUUGGGGGGGAAAAAUACACAUACCAGGUUUUUAAAACACAUUUUUUUUUAAAAAAAAGAAAGUGGAUUGAUCACGUUUAACUCUUUUUUUUCCCUCCCUCACUGAUCGCCUGGCUGCCAAGAACAGAACCUCAUACCUCUCCAGAACUUACUUGAACAACUCAGGAAGUUCCUACGCUUUUUUAUUUUUAUUUUUCAUUUUUUAAUAUUUUAUUUCUAUUCGAUUUUUCAAUUGUUGCUGCACUGUGUCUGUGGGGCUGCUCACUCUCUAGCAGUGACCGCCUCUCCCUGGUCAGAGGCCCCGCUCACCCCUUCAUGCCCUCCCAGUUCGCUAUCCUGGUCUUUUCCUCUGCACCGUCCCCCAUCCCCACCCACCCCUUACAAGCGCCGUCAUGGAUGCCCAGUCUGGAGUAACAGAGGCAGCUUCCAGCGGAGCCUUGCAUGGAGCAGGGGCAUACCCAUCUUGGCUGAUGCAGGUUAGCCUUUCUGCUGCGUGGGGGAGCUAUGGCCAGCAACGUCACCAACAAGACAGAUCCCCGUUCCCUCAAUUCCCGUGUCUUCAUCGGAAACCUCAAUACCCUCGUGGUCAAGAAGUCUGACGUGGAAGCCAUCUUCUCCAAGUACGGCAAGAUUGUGGGUUGCUCCGUGCACAAGGGCUUUGCGUUUGUGCAGUAUGUGAACGAGCGCAACGCCCGCUCUGCAGUGGCGGGAGAGGAUGGCAGGAUGAUAGCAGGUCAGGUCCUUGAUAUUAAUCUGGCUGCGGAGCCGAAGUUGAACCGGGGUAAAGCUGGGGUGAAGAGAUCGGCCACAGAGAUGUACGGGUCAGUAGCCGCACCACCUUCUCCGUCCCCUCUAGUCAGGUCUUCAUUUGACCUUGAUUAUGACUUCCAGCGUGACUAUUAUGACAGGAUGUACAGCUACCAAGCACGAGUGCCCCCUCCACCCCCCAUUGCCAGGGCUGUGGUUCCUUCCAAACGCCAGCGGGUUUCUGGCAAUACCUCUCGCAGAGGGAAGAGCGGAUUCAACUCGAAGAGCGGGCAGCGGGGGUCGUCUUCCAAAUCUGGGAAAUUGAAAGGAGAUGACUUGCAGGCCAUUAAGAAGGAACUGACCCAGAUUAAGCAGAAAGUGGAUUGCCUGCUGGAAAGCCUUGAGAAGAUAGAGAAGGAUCAAAAACUGAAGAACGACAAGUCAGAAGAAGAGCAAAGCAGCAGCUCGACCAAGAAAGAAGAGAGCAAUGUGAAGAUGGAAUCUGAGGCCGGGGCAGAUGACUCAGCCGAGGAAGGAGACCUGCUGGAUGACGACGACAACGAAGACCGGGGAGACGACCAGUUGGAGUCCAUCAAGGGCGACGAUAAGGAACCGGAAGAAGGGGAAGACGACAGAGACAGUGCCAAUGGCGAAGAUGACUCCUAAGAACCUAACAUACCUCUCUCCCUUCUCUGCUCCUUGGCCCACAUAGCGUUCUUCUGAUUGAGCCUCUUGCACCCCCCCCCCCGUCUCCUCUCCCUCCCAUUUGCUGGCUGCUUCCUCACUGCCCCCUUCCCCUUCUUGCAGCCUUGUGUUUUACAAAUAUUCGUGUCUUCUGUUGGCAUCCGCCCUUCGUCGUUGUCGUCUUCUUCCCACCUCCUUCCCUUCAUCUGCUCCUCUAGUUCAGUUCCAUCCCUUGUAAUUUUUUUCCUCUUAAUUUUGAUACCUCUUUAUUGACUUAACAAUAAAAAAGAUGUAUUGUU